AUGGCUGAGCAGGCACCGAAGUCGGUGCUCUUCGUGUGUCUGGGUAACAUCUGUCGAUCACCCAUUGCUGAGGCCGUUUUCAGGAAACUUGUAACUGAUCAAAACAUUUCAGAUAAGUGGAGGAUAGACAGUGCAGCGACCUCCACGUACGAAGUAGGAAACCCUCCUGAUUAUCGAGGGCAGAAUUGCAUGAAGAAGCAUGGUGUUCCCAUGAAUCACGUUGCCCGGCAGGUUACUAAAGAAGACUUUGUCACGUUCGAUUAUAUUCUGUGUAUGGAUGAGAGCAAUCUGAGAGAUUUGACUCGAAAAAGUCAUCAAGUCAAUAACAGCAAAGCUAAAAUUGAACUACUUGGGAGCUACGAUCCUCAGAAACAGCUCAUUAUUGAAGACCCCUAUUACGGAAAUGAGUCCGACUUUGAGACCGUGUACCAGCAGUGUCUGAGGUGCUGCAGGGCCUUCCUGGAGAAGGCCCACUAG